AUGAAGAUCAGCUUGUUGAUUUUGAUUGGUGUGGGUAGUUUUGGGUCUGUGUAUAAAGGAGUUCUUGAUUUUGAUGGAGCUCAGCUUGUUGCCAUCAAGGUGUUUAACAUGUUACAUCAUGGAGCAUCUAAGAGUUUCUUGGCCGAAUGUGUGGCGUUAAGAAAUAUCAGGCAUCGAAAUCUCGUCAAGAUUAUAACGGCAUGUUCAACUGUUGAUUAUCAAGGUAAUGAUUUCAAGGCUCUCCUGUAUGAGUUAAUGGACAAUGGGAGCUUAGAAGAGUGGUUGCAUUCGACUAUUGAAACGAAUGAGGAAACAGAUGCACCCCAGAAUUUAAAUCUUCUUCAGAGGCUAAACAUCACCAUUGACAUUGCUUGUGCACUUGAUUAUCUUCAUAACGGUUGCGAAACACCAAUAGUCCAUUGUGAUCUCAAGCCAAGCAAUGUUCUCUUGGACGCAGAGUUGACUGGACAUGUUUCUGACUUUGGACUUGCAAGAUUCCUUGCAAAAUUAGCCGAUAAGGCUUCAGCAAAUCAAGCAAGUUCCAUUGGCAUAAAGGGAUCGAGAGCCAUUUUAUUUAGAAUUGUGGUGACAAUAUUUUCUGAUACUUCAACUGCAGAGUUUGGUAUGGGAAGUGAAGUGUCGAAAAGUGGAGAUGUCUACAGCUUUGGCAUUCUCUCGUUAGAGAUGUUUACGGGAAGGAGACCCACUGACCACAUGUCUAGUGAUGGCUUGAACCUUCAUAAUUCUGUGAAGACGGCUUUUCCCGAUCGAGUCACAGAGAUUGCAGAUUUACUUCUUCAAGAAGGCAGCAUCGAAUCUCCCGAACAAUACAGCAUUAAGGCUCAAAGAGUGGAGGAGUGCUUGAGUUUGAUAUUUAAACUUGGAAUUGCAUGUUCUGUUGAAUCCCCCGCGAACCGAAAGGAUAUCAGUGAUGUUGCAUCUGAAUUACAUUCCAUCAGGGAUAUGCUUCUUGGUUAG